CCUAAAGUGAAAAACCAACAAAACACAAAACGGUGAAAAGGAGUAUUUAAUGAAAUGAACAACCUAGCAAAAUAAACCUUUUUUUUCUACUGGCUACACCAGUUCCUGUCCGCAUUUAAACAAAUUUGCAUAUCUGCUGAUACUGCAUAUCUGCUAUGUCAAAUUACUUUCAAAACCAUGACAAAGGUACUUUUAAUUUCACCGUAGGCUAUUGUAUCCUAUUUCUUGCCUUUAGCUUUCUAUGAUAAAAAUAUAUAUCGCUUCCGUUUAUCACAGAAUCUAUAUCUAACUAUAUAGACUGGCGGGCUGGAAGGAGGUAAUUUAUUAAACUACAGCAGAAACUUUAUUUACUUCAAAUGAGUAGUAAUCCGCAUUAGUAAGCUCUACCACUCAAACAUGAACAGCGAUACGUUAUGAAACUCGCAACUUCAAAGCACAAAGAGGCUUUUUAGCAAGUUAAGUAACCGUAAAACACGAAGUUUGUGGAUGUUCAAAGGUGUAAACUAAGAGUAUUACAGCAAUAAAAAGUAAUUUCACUUUCAGGGACAGUCCGGCUUUGGAGAGCAAAACACUUUAGUUCCCAACCACAGCCACCGUAUUUUCAAAAGGUCUAGUGGAUGAGCCAGCUGGUCACUAAGGUUUACCAAGGGCGCGCCGGGCGGGAACUAAAUAAAGUGCCACAAACACCGUUCGGUUAGAUUAAGUACUCCCGGCAGUGCUUUAAAAACACGCUUCCCCCUUACUUCCUCUCACCAGGUUUAGACCGGGGGGGGGGGGGGCAGGUAAAAAAAAGGGGAGCAUGAAAAGGAAGAGGGGGCGGCGAUCAAACGCCUAGGUUCCAGCGGAGGGGAACUCACUGCUCGGGAGGUGCGGGCGGCGUGCGGCGGGUGUCUGGGGGAGCGCACCCAGGUAGCGCAGGCAGCGGGGCGGUGGGAGGACCGAAGCACCGCAGGCACCGCACCGCACCGCGCCGCGCAGCAGGCUGGGGACAGCCCGGGGACAGCCCGCAGGAGGUGCUCGGGGGCGGGGUGUCCGAGGAAAACACAAACACAAACACGCUGCGCGUCCCCCGGUGGGCGGACCCACGCCACCCUCGGCUUCUCCCCGCCCCCGAGGCCGCGCUCGCCCGCUCGCUCGGACCCCAGGCCGCAGCUCCAGGCGUGGCCGCAGCAGCUCCCGGCGUGGCGGCGGUCUGGCUUCGGGAGCCCGGAGAGGCCGCCCAGGCCCCACUCUCCUCGGUCACCGCCACAAGACAGCGCCGCACCUUCCGCGGGAGGCGGCGGAAGCCCGGGAAGGCUCCAGGCGAGCGUUGUGCUUCUCACGGUCGACUGGCGUACGGGCGGCGUUCCGUCCAUUCGGCGAGCCUCGCUCGCUCGCCGGCUUCUGCUGCUGCAGCCGCCGUCGCCGCCGCCUUCGAGCGGAGUCGGAGCGACGGGGGUCACGGCGGGGGUCAGAGGGUAAAGGUCUUGCUCCCAGCAGCCUCCGCGGUGGAUACGUCGCCAUCUUGGAUCCGCGGGACAAGAAAAUUCAUGCGAGGGAGAACUGGUGGGCGGUCCUUCCUGUGACACGACCCUUGAGUGACAGUUCUAUUUGAUUGCCUCCAGUACUGUGAGGAAAGGACACGACUCUAUGGUGAGGACUGAUGGACAUACAUUAUCUGAGAAAAGAAACUACCAGGUGACAAACAGCAUGUUUGGUGCUUCAAGAAAGAAGUUUGUAGAGGGGGUGGACAGCGACUACCAUGAUGAGAACAUGUACUACAGCCAGUCUUCUAUGUUCCCACAUCGGUCAGAGAAAGAUAUGCUGGCAUCGCCAUCUACGUCAGGUCAGCUGUCUCAAUUUGGGGCAAGUUUAUACGGGCAACAAAAUGGCAGUGAAAAUGUGACAGGAUUGGACCUUUCAGAUUUCCCAGCGUUAGCUGACCGGAAUAGAAGGGAAGGGAGCGGCAACCCAACUCCAUUAAUAAACCCCUUGGCUGGAAGAGCUCCUUACGUUGGAAUGGUAACAAAACCUGCAAAUGAGCAAUCCCAAGACUUCUCAAUACACAACGAAGAUUUUCCAGCAUUACCUGGUUCCAGCUAUAAAGAUCCAACGUCAAGUAAUGACGACAGCAAAUCUAAUUUGAGUACAUCGGGGAAGACGACUUCAAGUACAGAUGGACCCAAAUUCCCUGGAGAUAAAAGUUCAACAACACAAAACAAUAAUCAACAGAAAAAGGGGAUCCAGGUGUUACCUGAUGGUCGAGUUACUAACAUUCCUCAAGGGAUGGUGACGGACCAAUUUGGAAUGAUUGGCCUGUUAACAUUUAUCAGGGCAGCAGAGACAGACCCAGGAAUGGUACAUCUUGCUUUAGGAAGUGACUUAACAACAUUAGGCCUCAAUCUGAACUCACCUGAAAAUCUCUAUCCCAAAUUUGCAUCACCCUGGGCUUCUUCACCUUGUCGGCCUCAAGACAUAGACUUCCAUGUUCCAUCAGAAUAUUUAACAAACAUUCACAUUAGGGAUAAGCUGGCUGCAAUCAAACUUGGCCGAUAUGGAGAAGACCUCCUCUUCUAUCUGUAUUACAUGAACGGCGGGGAUGUAUUACAACUCUUAGCUGCGGUAGAACUUUUUAACCGUGAUUGGAGAUACCACAAGGAGGAGCGGGUAUGGAUUACCAGGGCACCAGGCAUGGAGCCAACAAUGAAAACCAACACGUAUGAGCGGGGGACCUACUAUUUCUUUGACUGUCUCAACUGGAGGAAAGUAGCUAAGGAGUUCCAUCUGGAAUAUGACAAAUUAGAAGAGCGGCCUCACCUGCCAUCCACCUUCAACUACAACCCUGCUCAGCAAGCCUUCUAAAAAGACUUCCCUUUUCUUGGGGUAUGGCUGUCUCAGCACAAUACUCGACAUAACUGCAGAGCUGAUGUGGCUCAGGCACCCUGGUUUUAAUCCCUUGAGGAUCUGGCAAUUGGCUUACGUAAAGAAAGGGUCACCAUUUGAGGUCCUGCCUUACCAAUUAUGUGCUGCCCAACAACUAAAUUUGUAAUUUGUUUUCUCUACUUUGAGCAGGGUCUGAAUUUUUUCAUUUAUUUUCUUUUUGCCAGCAGACAGACUUGGGUCUAUAAAGACAAGCAAGUACACUGACAGAAAUUACCAUUUAGUUUCUUAAAUGUAAAAAAAGAAAACCCACAAAAGACUCAACAAAAUUAGACCACAAAAUUUGCAUUGUUCAUUGUAGCACUAUUGGUAAUAAAAGAACAGAUGUUUGUGCAUUUUUAUGUGAAGAUCCUUCUCGUAUUUCAUUUGGAAGGAUGAGCGAGGUCUGCUUCUUUCUUUUUACUUCCCCUGUGUUUCUGAAAGGCGGUUUGGCCAGGCUUACUGCAGGCAUCCGACUGUAGAGAUCGCCACAGUCUCUGGGGCUCCAGGGCUGCGCUGUAACUGAGCUUCAUCCAGAAUGAGCAAAACACUGUCCAGUCUUUGUUACGAUUUUGUAAUAAAUGUGUACAUUUUUUUUAAAUUUUGGACAUCACAUGAAUAAAGGUAUGUAUGUACGAAUGUGUAUAUAUUAUAUAUAUGACAUCUAUUUUGGAAAAUGUUUGCCCUGCUGUACCUCAUUUUUAGGAGGUGUGCAUGGAUGCAAUAUAUGAAAAUGGGACAUUCUGGAACUGCUGGUCAGGGGACUUUGUCGCCCUGUGCACUAAAGGGCCAGAUUUUCAGCAGCCAAGGACAUCCAUACCCAAGUGAAUGUGAUGGGGCUUCAAGACGUGAACUGAGACAAUUCACUCUGGCUGUUUGAACAGCAGCGUUUCAUAGGAAGAGAAAAAGAUCAAUCUUGUAUUUUCUGACCACAUAAAGGCUUCUUCUCUUUGUAAUAAAGUAGAAAAGCUCUCCUCA